AUGUUCCUCAUACUAGUGAUAAUUGGUUUAGUGGCACUUUAUUUCUACGGAACGCGGACAUUUAACUACUGGAAGUCAAGAGGCAUCAAACAUGAUAAACCAGUACCUAUUUUUGGAACAAACUUGAAACAGUUCAUGCAACAGGCCAGUAUGUGCAUGAUGGCUACUGAAAUGUACAACAAAUAUCCAGAGGAAAAAGUUGUCGGAUUCUACAGAGGUACUGAUCCAGAAUUAGUGAUAAGAGAUCCAGAAAUUAUCAAGAGGAUCCUUACGACAGACUUCCAAUGUUUCCACUCAAGAGGUCUUACUUACCACAAGACUUGUGUCGAACCCCUGUUAAGGAAUAUUUUCUUUGCUGACGGAGACUUAUGGCGUUUAAUCCGACAGAGAUUUACUCCUGCUUUCAGUACAGGCAAGUUGAAGGCAAUGUUCCAUAUCAUCACAGACAGAGCAGAGAAAUUGCAGGUUAUCACAGAAGAGGUCGUUGACAGGGAAUAUUAUGACGCCAGAGAACUCAUGGCCAGAUACACAACAGACUUUAUCGGUGUCUGCGCGUUCGGGAUUGACAUGGACUCUUUGAGCGAUGAAAACUCUCACUUCAGAAAAUUAGGUAAAAGAAUUUUCGAAAGAAGGUUCAGAGAUGCAGUCGCCGGUGCCUUGAAGAUUAUGUUUCCUGAAGUGUUCAAGCACAUGCAUUUCCUAGCACCCGAGUUAGAAACUAACAUGAAACAUUUAGUACAGACUGUGCUUAAGAACAGAAACUACAAGCCAUCAGGUAGAAACGAUUUCAUUGAUCUAAUGUUAGAGCUUAGAGAAAAGGGAAAAAUUAUCGGAGAGUCUAUUGAACACAAAAAUCCAGAUGGAACUCCAAAAAUUGUGGAUUUGGAAAUGGACGAUUUACUAAUGACAGCUCAAGCGUUUGUAUUCUUCGGUGCUGGUUUCGAAACGUCAUCCACUGCCUCAAGUUACACUUUACAUCAGUUAGCGUUCCACCCAGAAUAUCAGAAAAAGGUACAAGAAGAAGUGGACACUGUGUUAGCCAAACAUAACAAUAAACUGACCUACGAUGCUAUCAAGGAGAUGAAAUAUUUGGAGAUGGCAUUUUACGAGUCCAUGAGAAUGUAUCCAUCGGUUGGGUACUUGAUUCGACAGUGCUGUGUACCUAAAUAUACGUUCCCAGAAAUUGAUUUGACGAUCGACGAUGGCCUUAAAGUAAUGAUACCUAUACAAGCUAUCCACAGAGAUGAGAAGUACUUUAGAGAACCAAACAAGUUUGACCCUGAAAGGUUUAGUGACGGCACAAAGGAGGAUAUUAAGAACUUCGUGUAUUUGCCUUUUGGAGAGGGCCCACGAUCCUGUGUUGGUGCCAGACUAGGACAGAUGCAGUCAAUGGCUGGUCUUGCAGCAGUUCUACAGAAGUAUUCUGUAGAACCAGCAGCUUGCAGUCGCCAGGAACCAUUGCCUGAUCCAGCUGGAAUUGUCUCCGAAGGUUUUGUUGGCGGUCUACCGCUUAAAAUAAGGAGACGAGUGAAGUAG